AUUCUGCGACAGCCAUACUCUCCAGUCGGUGGAGAGUCAGGAGACGAACAAACCUAGCGGUUGUUGAAGAGACUGUGGACGGCGAAUCACUCACUCCUGACACGCUGUUUGUCCUCAGUGGAUGUGUUUUCCCUCUUGUUAUGGUCGGUUACCACCAUAAGUCUCCCAGCAAAGGAACAGAGUCAAAGAGCCGACCAAAACUCUCGUCAUUUUAACAGAGCAGCUGAAGUUAGCGGUGUUUCACCAGCCAGCUAACAUCACACCAACUUGUCGAGUGGAUUGCCUUGGAGAGGCUAGUUAGCUGGUCUGGCUAAGGUGCUAGCUUCUCUCAGUUGGAUGCAAACACUGACUGCUGUUGGUGGGAAACCAAAAAGCAAAGAAGGAGCGUUUAACCUCAUCGGAGCAAGUAGCUUUAGCUUCCUCCAGCUCCAAAGGAUAUCUCUGUUUGGAUACACGACAUAAAGGAAUCACGGGAGAGGCCCGCUGCCUUUGUUCACCUUCACACUUCUCAGCCUCCCACCUUCUAACUUCACUGCCCCUGGCUCAGUCUGGGGCUCAGCAUCACUUCAAAGAGAAGGUCUGCGGAGCCGCAGAUAACACGCUGUACCCCCGAGCACCGGCGCAGCUCAACCAGCGCCCCUCCACAGUCCCUCCACUGACAGCUGCACAUCUGAUAUCAUGACGGGGAUGGUCAGGUCCUGCUCGCUCCAUAUAGAAAGCUCCUGGAUUUGAAGGAAGAAGCUGUUGAGAAGACAGCUUCAACCCUUAGAGUGGGACCUAGAGCGCAGGGAACCAGUUGUGGCCUGAAGAGAGAAAGAAAAAAAAGCGAGAACUAAUGCCAAGGCCUUCUCCUCUUCAGACAGCCUAGCGAAGGUCCAGGAGGUAGCAAGCUGGCUUUUGGAAAUGAACCAGGAUCUGCUGUCGGGGGGCAGCAGCAGCAGGCGGAGUCGGGGGCCGGGGGGUCCAGCAGUGCGAGGUAACGCCUCCUCCACGGCCCGGGCACCUCAGCAGGCAGCAGAGGAGGGGGAUGAGGAUGAGCACAUGAACCGGGUAGUAGAGGAGGAAGGGCAGCUGCAGCAAAGGCCCGAGGCGUCGCAGGUCGAUGGCGAGAGAGAUCAGCCAUGGGCGCGGACUGAAUCAGGAGCCAGCAACGGCCCUCAGGGUGACGAGGGCGAAGAAGACGAAGGGGGCCCUCCAAGCGACGUGAACGGAGGAGAGAAAGGCGCGCGAUGGAUGUGGGGGGCCGAGCAGAGGCGGCUGCGAGGCCAGCCGCUGGGUGAAGAGGAGGACGAGGAGGAGGAAGAGGAGGAGAACAACAACAGCAGCGGUCACCAGGAGGAGGAGGAGGCGGAGGAGAGGACAGAGGGAGGGGAGGAGCAGGGAAGGGAGGAAGAGGAGAGGGAAGACGGCGAGGAGGAAGAGGAGGAGGAUGAGGAUGAGGAGGAGAUGGACCAAGACAGCGAUGACUUUGAACACUCGGGGGAGAGUGGGAGGGAGGAGGAAGAGGAGGAGGAAGGAGAAGGGGAGGAAGGUCUGCGGUCUCCCUCUCUCAGGAACAAUGUGUCUGCCCCCAAUAACAACCUGGACUCGGGCUGUACACUCCAAAGCUCUUCCAACAAGAAGAUGAAGAGGAAGUUGGACCAUGGCCCCGAGGUCCGAUCUUUCCCUUCAGGAAAAAAGCCCUGCAAAGGCCCAGAGUAUCCAAGCCCGACAGGAAUCGUCCCAUGUCCAGCAACACCCACCACAUUCGGCCACAUCAGAACAGCCAAUGGUCAGGGGCAGCAGAGACGGCGUAUCACCUCAAUCCAGCCACCCACGGGUCUCCAAGAAUGGCUCCGAACAUUUCAGAGCUGGACUGGGCCCGAGAAGCUGCUGGCGCUGGAUGAGUUGAUUGACAGCUGUGAGCCCACACAAGUCAAGCAUAUGAUGCAGGUGAUCGAGCCGCAGUUUCAGCGAGACUUCAUCUCCCUGCUGCCCAAAGAGCUGGCUUUGUAUGUGCUGUCAUUCCUGGAACCGAAGGACCUCCUCCAAGCAGCACAGACGUGUCGCUACUGGCGCAUCCUGGCAGAAGACAACCUGCUGUGGAGGGAGAAAUGCAGGGAAGAAGGCAUCGAUGAGCCUCUGCCCCUCAAGAAGAGGAAAAUCGUCAAGCCUGGCUUCACUCACAGCCCCUGGAAGAGUGCCUACAUCAGGCAGCACAGAAUAGACACUAACUGGAGGAGAGGGGACCUCAAAUCACCCAAGGUGCUGAAAGGUCACGACGACCAUGUGAUCACCUGCCUCCAGUUCUGUGGGAACCGAAUCGUCAGCGGCUCUGACGACAACACGCUGAAAGUCUGGUCGGCCAUCACAGGAAAGUGUUUGCGCACAUUGGUGGGCCACACAGGGGGCGUGUGGUCAUCCCAGAUGAGAGACAACAUUAUUAUCAGCGGCUCCACUGAUCGCACACUCAAGGUCUGGAACGCAGAGACAGGAGAAUGUAUCCACACCCUCUAUGGGCAUACCUCAACAGUGCGCUGCAUGCACCUACAUGAGAAAAGGGUGGUCAGUGGCUCUCGUGACGCCACGCUACGAGUCUGGGACAUUGAGACAGGUCAGUGUUUACACGUCCUCAUGGGCCAUGUGGCGGCGGUGCGCUGCGUCCAGUACGACGGGCGACGGGUGGUCAGCGGUGCCUACGACUUCAUGGUCAAAGUUUGGGACCCUGAGACAGAGACCUGCCUCCACACGCUGCAGGGCCACACCAACAGAGUGUACUCAUUACAGUUUGAUGGGAUCCAUGUGGUGAGCGGCUCAUUGGACACGUCUAUAAGAGUCUGGGACGUGGAGACCGGCAACUGCAUCCACACGCUGACGGGGCAUCAGUCCCUUACCAGCGGUAUGGAGCUCAAAGACAACAUCCUGGUCUCAGGCAACGCAGACUCCACUGUCAAGAUUUGGGACAUCAAGACGGGCCAGUGCCUGCAAACACUGCAAGGUCCCCACAAGCACCAGAGCGCCGUCACGUGCCUCCAGUUCAACAAGAACUUUGUCAUCACCAGCUCGGACGAUGGCACGGUUAAACUGUGGGACCUAAAGACGGGCGAGUUCAUCCGUAACCUUGUGACCCUGGAAAGCGGCGGCAGCGGUGGUGUGGUGUGGCGCAUCAGAGCCUCCAACACCAAGCUGGUGUGCGCCGUGGGCAGCCGCAAUGGCACGGAGGAGACCAAGCUGCUGGUGCUGGACUUUGACGUGGACAUGAAGUGAGAAGGGUUUGCAGUGGGGAAGAACAAAGAGAGAGAACCACAGAGAGGAAGGAAUAGAGAGGGAAUGGGAGAUGAGGCACCUGGAACGCCCAACACUCUUCACCCAAACUCGCUAAAUCUGCAACAACCUGUCCUGUCCUCUGCCAUCAUCUUCCCCCUUUGUCUCCCUUUGGGCAAAUGUUACCUACACAUGGGUCAGCCCCUGCUUUUGACCCCCUACAAAAAUAGGUGCAGGCGGAGGGGAUCGGGCUUUAAACCAAUAGGGGAGAGAGAGGACGUCUGAUCUGUCCCUGGAUUUGGGAAAGAAGAGAGGAGGAAAGAAAGGACGACUGAACUCUUCUGAAGCGACUCGUAACCCUUUCGGUUCAGGGUCGACUUCGCGCAGAGACUUGGUUUUGCUCAAGCCUGACAGAUUUUGAGAUGUACAGAGAUAUAUUAUUUUUUAAAAGACCCCCCCUCCACACAAACCCCCCCUCUCCCAUCAGUGCGCGCCCACACACACACACACACACACACACACACACACACACACACACACACACACACACAGAGAUAUAAAUCAGAAAGUUUAGGAAGGUGUUGAAGCUAAAAUUCCACUCACAGUUUGACAAGCUUCUUGUUGGUUCAGCCUGUUCUCAGGCUCGUUUCUUGUCACUCCAUUUCCGUUCUUUUAGUUCUCCACUUGGUUUCACUUGUUUGAUUUCUUUACAAUAUCGCACACAAACACAACUGUGAAUUACAAUAUGUUCUUGGUUUAUCAUAUGAAAGGGGUUACCCUCUCUUUUGUUUAUUUUCUGUCCUUGCGGUUGCCAACAGCAACAAAUCCCAGUAUUAGAAAGCUGCUCUGUGUAGGUUUGCUGUCACUAUGUCACAUGGGUUCUUUUCUCAUCUUUUUAUUUGAGUUGUUAGUUCUUCUGCUCUGUUUUCCACAUCUCAAGGUUGGUUUUGGAGCUCUGACUCCCCACAAACAUCCAUGCUGUCCAGAUUUUUCAGAGUUUUCUUGGGGUGGUUUCCUCAAUGCCGGUGCUGUGACGAGAGAAGGUUGUUUGCUCUAAGCGUUGUGGAUUAAUGCCCCUGAAACCUCCCCUCCCUUAACCCCUUCCCCUCUUCUGUUUCCCCCAGUGGCCAAACUGUAUUUAUGCUGCUAGAUGAACGGGAAAAAGAGAGAGAGAGAGAAAGAGAGAGAGAGGGAACUUUUACUUGCUGUGACGUUUUAGUCCCAGGCAAAAUUCCAAAUUGAACUCUAUAUGUUUGGACUUUGAGAGACAAAAGAUGACAAAAGGUAACAUCCAACAUUUUUGUUUUAUUUCGUUUGUUUUUUUUGCCACUGAAACUUGAGCCAAACGUGCCUCUACGAGGCUGAGAGGAGGGAGCGCAUCCAACAGAUUCUGACAGGAUCGCCUUCAGAGAGGAAACAAGGGGAUGUACACUGUUGGCGUGCGUGUGUGUGCGUGCAUGAGUGCGUGUGUUAGCGUGUUAACGGGCAACUUGUAAACACAUUCCUUGGGACAAAGCUCUCUCAGCCUGUCCUUUGGGGAAAUGUACAAAUGCUGUGUGGACUGGCAAAGAAAAAAAACUAGCAGAUGUAUCGGUUUUGAAUGAAAGAACUGUUCGUAUCCGUGUGUGAUUGUUGUUCCAUUCAAAGAUGUCUGAAACAACAGAGGAGACCAUCACAAGCAUCAACUGACAGGCUGCAGGAGUCUUAGUGUUACAUGUUGCAGAUAAAAUCAGCGGCCUUGUGGAUCGUCAGUGGGAAAAAUAAAAACACAAAAAGGCAACAAAACGUGAACAGAGACAUUGUAGCCAAACGAAAAAUCGUCUCAAUCUCCAAGAGUCACAACUCAAGCUGAACUGUGAAAGUGGUAUAACACUGUAUAUUAAAAAAGAGAAAAAAAGAAAACAAUCUCGCUCUAUCUCCUCUCGUUGUUUUCUCCCUCUGUUUUAAUUUAUGAUCUGGUUUGAGAAAUCAGAUUUGUUGCAGGUGUUUUAUUUUUUCAGUUCAUGUAAACUGCCUGGCAAAAAAGAAAACAGACAGAAAAAACCUUAAAGGGAUUGUGUAUUUGUUUGAUUCACUUAGAAUUUUAUUUUCUUAUAACUUAAGUGCAAUAAAAUGUGGGUUUUUUCUUUUUUCAUUUCAAGCA